AUGGAUUUUCCUGAAGACGUUGUAUUGGAGAUUUUGAGUCGUUUCUAUUUGAAUCAAGCAGGUAAAAUUCAAGGCCUUUCAAAAUUCUAUAACAACUCUAGCUACAAUUCCUACUACAAAACAUUAAUAGCCAAAAACCAACCUGGAAUCGCUGAUGGCUUCCUCCUCCAAUCUCCCGUACCCAAAUCCAAUGACUACAUUGUGUCCUUUGUUUCUCCACACAAGGAUUCUCCUGUAGUACCCUUGAAUUUAUCCUUGAGUUUCCUCCCAGGUCUCAAUCCUAAAAUUCGAGCUGUUGCUCCGAAUGGUCUUCUCUUGUGCGAAUCCCAACAUUCAAUUCGGCACAAUAAACGGUCAAUAUACACAAUUACUAAACUUUGCACGCAGCAAUGGAAAGGACUUCCUAUUCCUAAAACUAGAUAUUUUACCAAGAAUAUUGCCAUGCAUGUUCUUCGGUCAAAUCCUCUCCACUUCAAAAUUUUACGUUUAUCUAGUGAUAAAAUUCCUUCUAAACGCCCUUUGCCAUUUUCCUACACCAUAAUCGAGGUUUUUGAUUCGAAAUCUUGGAGGUGGAAGCUGUUGGAUGAUAUUGUACACGAUUAUUAUGGGAAUUUCGAAUUUGUUGACUCUAAUCGUGCUCCUGUGUUUGCUAACGGAUUAGCUCAUUGGAAAUUCACGGGUAACACUACCAUCUUUGCUUUUGAUUUCUACUCUGAUACUUGGUCUAAAAUUGCAAUGCCAGAGACUAUAGUUAAUGACGAAAACAAUAGUCGUGUUAAUGCUAUUAGUGUUAAUAGUGUUCGGGAAUGGCGUACAGAGCUUGUGGAGUAUGAAGGAAAGUUGGGAGUUCUACGAGAGUUCCAUCAACCUUUCGCCCCUACCGCCUUGACUGAGCUAUGGGUGAUGCAUAAAAAAUUUUGGAUGAAGAAGUUGGAAUUUUCAAGGUUAAUGCCUACGACCCUUUACGGAUCGGAUAUUUUGGUGACAUGGUUAUCUGAUUAUCCUUCGAAAGUGAAGUUUUCUAAUGAAGUGACGGGAGAUUGCAAUUACAAGACGUUGGAACAAUGGCAUAAUAUUGCACCGACGGUGUUUCCAUUUUUGUCAGAUUUUAAGAGCUGGAAUUUUAACCCUCCACAGCGUUCAAUUCAGCCUAAGUCUCUUGCUAAGAUCCUUCGAAGAACUUAUGAGCGUCAAGCUAGAGGAGUUUGAAUCUUAAUUCUUUAAGUUAGUAUU